UACUUUUGUUAUUUUCGGAUUAGUAUAUACUACCAAUUUUGUUUUGUUUUGAGGAGAAAAAACAUGGGAAAGCAUAAAACCGAAAAGAAAAAAAAAUCAAAUCAAAUCCAAACUUACUUGUUGAUGCACCAUCUUGGAUAUCCAAAAAUUUGACAUGUCAAAUCGAUGCCUUGUGCAAAUCCCACUACGAGACCCACCCACUAUUAUAUUAUUUUUUGUUAUCCAUUCCCUGAGAGCAUCUUUAUCCCAAAUACUCAUUCAAGGGUUCUUAAUCUUUUUUUAAUAUUUUUAGUUGAAAAAGUGAGUUUAAGAGACUUAGUUAAAAGAUAGGUAUAUUUGUGUGGUUUAUUGCAAGUUUCUUAUUUAAAAGUUCUUAAGAAGUCAAAUACAACAAUAAAACUUGUAUCAUUGUAUCAGUCGAAACUUGUAUUCAACGGCAUCGUAGUUGAGAAAGGUACCAUCGAGGGGUAAAAUUGAUUAAAGAGGGAGGAAUGGCAAAACAUGAAAACUUCAUGAUCCAAACAAAUCUCAAGACCUUUUUCCACUAAAAGUACUGUAUCGAAUAACAAAAACAACGGAAAAGAGGAAAAAUGGCGACAAGAAAAAGAAAGAGUGAUUCUUCCCCUAAUCUAAGAUGCACAACAUCAUCAAAAACAAGAUUAAAGGAAUCAACUUUAGAAAGUAUUAGCAUCAAACAAGAACCUGAUUGUUAGCAGGGUUCAGAGUAGAAACAACAGGACCAUUGCCUAGCCAUUUGCCACCAACGUAGUUUCCAAGGUUGUGAGAGCUUAACCCAAUCUCACUCAAAAACUGAUGUAGAUAGAUAUUUAGAAUAAAUAUCUUAAUUAUUUAGUGUUUUAUUUAUUAUUUGGAUAAUUAUCUUUAAUAUUUUAGGGUUUUAUGAUUUCUUAUAUAUAGCCGUCUAGGCUUAAGUUUGUAUUCAGUUUAUGAUUUGAUUAAUAAAAAGUUAAGAGAUUUCUCUUUAUUCCUUGUUUUCGGCUAGAUCAUAGGUGAUCUCAACGAAUUUAAGAAGACAUUGAUCUUAGGCAUUCUUAGACUAAAUAAGAUCUUUGUGAUUAUCCUAGUUUUCCGGGUAUUCUAAGAAUCAACGGACCUAUAGUUCUAUCUUAUAAGGCUUCCGCUACAUCAGUUGGUAUCAGAGCUGCGUCUCUUUGGUUUUUCAAUCGAAGAACGAUUCUGGAUGUCAUGGUGAGUAUAAGCAUCUAUUCUAUCCUGGACGAAAGUCCUUUUGUUGUGAGAGAAGAGAACCAUGAGAUCUAUCGAGAGAUCUAUGGUGAUCCAAUCUAUGAUAUAUAUGAAGACGAUGUCCUUCAUAUUGACUUUAUUUUCAAAGAGGGUUCCAUUGAAAUUUCGCGUGCAAAGUUAGGACAAAAUCGUAUUGGUGAAGAUUUUCUGCAGAUUCUUAAUUAUCUGUCAGGUGCAAAUUUUGUGCGAAAACGGAUUUGUGAAGAUUCAAGUUACAAACAGAUCAGUGCAAAAAUCGUGCAAAACAUGCUAUUGAAGAUUCGAGGAAGAGUUUUUCUUGGAAAACGUUUUGAAUUCGAAGACUACGAUCAAGAUUCGAGGACGAAUCUUUUCCAACCCGGAGAGAAUGAUGUAGAUAGAUAUUUAAAAUAAAUAUCUUAAUUAUUUAGUGUUUUAUUUAUUAUUUGGAUAAUUAUCUUUAAUAUUUUAGGGUUUUAUGAUUUCUUAUAUAUAGCCGUCUAGGCUUAAGUUUGUAUUCAGUUUAUGAUUUGAUUAAUAAAAAGUUAAGAGAUUUCUCUUUAUUCCUUGUUUUCGGCUAGAUCAUAGGUGAUCUCAACGAAUUUAAGAAGACAUUGAUCUUAGGCAUUCUUAGACUAAAUAAAAUCUUUGUGAUUAUCCUAGUUUUCCGGGUAUUCUAAGAAUCAACGGACCUAUAGUUCUAUCUUAUAAGGCUUCCGCUACAUCAAAAACUCAUACUCUUUGCUCGCAGAACCCAUCUCUGCAAUUUCAAAGUAACAGAAACAUCCACACAAAAUGAUUAAACAGAGUAAAUGGAUCAAAAUUAAGCAUAUCAAACACUGGUUAAAGAAUCAAGGAAAUCCACAGCUCCAAAAGGCGAAAAGGAACAGAGGAGAAUCAAUCACCUCUGUUAUUAUUAUCAUUGGUAUCGAAGAACAGAGUUUUCUGAUUACCUUUGUGAUGACGGAGUCUUAUAGGAGGAGUGAGUGAGAAAGAGAGAGGUGUAAGAAAAGUUGUAACAACGAUUGGACCAAAAACGAAAGCUGAGCUGUUGUGUCAAUCCCCCUUUUGGGAUAUUCACUCGGAUCAUAUGUUUAUCGCAAAGAGAAAGACAAGUCUACAUGUUUAGACGGAGGGUUCACCAAACCAGUCUCUUGAUCCUUCUCCAUUUCUUCACUCUAAACAAUCACCAAAUCACCUAACGAGAAGCUACUAAACCAAUUAAGAAGAGCACAAUCAUAAACCUUUCGAUUGGGCUCAGCCAAUUGAGGAUUCAAACAAAAACCAAAAAAAUUCAGAGCUUUACCUUUCGCUUAUUUUAUUGCUUCGUCGAGGACAGGAACCGCCGAUUAGAUUCGACUAAGCAGCACCUUAUGAUUUUGUCGUCGGAGAGGAGGCCACCGCCGCUCUGCUUCGUAGUCGAGGAGAUCACCUACGAUUGUCUCCACUCCGUCGAGAAAAAAUCUCGAGUUUUUGUCGUCAAAGAAAAAUGAAUUUUUUCUCCCUUCGUAUUCUCCUCCCAAAACGAUAUCAACUUGACGCGUGUCCACAAGAUACGUAUGUUCUUGUGCUUGAUUAAGCGACGUCCCUUAAGCGCAUCUCCAUCCCUAUUCCAUUUUUUCCUCUAAAAUGGGGUAAAAGUGAAUAUGAAGUAAAGAAUGCUCCAACCCAACUCCAUAUCUCAUCCCAUAAUAAAAUUUACUCUAUAAAUAGAGUAAUCUCUUUUUUGUUUGUUCAUCACUCCAUUAUGGAGUGGAAAAUGGAAUAGGGUUGGAGCAAUUUUACUUCAUUUUCACUUUUACUCCAUUUUGAAGGAAAAAAUGGAGUUUUACAUUGGAGAUGCUCUAAGGUAAUUUCCAUUUUUCAUUUAUCUUUUAUCCUAGUCAGCAACUAAGAGACGCUUAAAAGAUGCCGAUAAUCAUGCUCUAGGCACUUGGAUUAAUGAUAUUUUUAGAACGGAGUUUUAAAAAUCAAGUGGAUGUUGAAUCAUUUUACUCUAAGUCAAGGCUAGAAUUAUAUGAAUAAAUCUGUAAAAUAUUUUUUAGUUUAGCGAUUUAACUAAUGGUUUAUUGAUGUUUUUACACCGGGAUAAAGAUUCAAACAUUAGAAAAUGCAAAAUUAUCUAUCUAAAUCAGAUUUAGGGGGUUAGUGGGAAGCUUAUUCACACUGAUUUCAAAAAUCAAUAGAAUUUUAAUUCUGUAAAGAUUUUUAUUGAUUCUAAGAAUAUGUCUUCUCAUAUUUGUAGAAUCCAUAUAUUCUUUUGGCUUGAUUGGUGAUGAUUUAUUGGGAUUUAUGUUAACUUUUUCUACUAAUAUUUAUCUAAUUUCCAUAUAAUAUAUGCAAAUAUGGUAUGUUGAAUUCUAUAUAAUGAAAAAGAACGUUCAUAAUUGUUCUUUGCUUCUUGUCUAUCGUAGAGAGCUGUCAAGGUAAUACAAGUUUUUGGUUCUCCCUUUUUCUAUCUCUCUUUUUAAGAUCCAUUUCUCUGUUUUUCAUAUAUAUAAGUUGUAUAAAAUGGUUUGCUUGUUAUUUGUAUUGCUUUCAAGUUACGUUUGGUUUCAGUAUUUUAUUUGUUUAGACUAGAAGCAUAAGAUUUGAUGUUUACUGUUUGUUUGUGAUAAAUAUUUUUAUGUGUAUGUUUUUACUAAUAAUGAUUAACUCCACAUAAGAUUGCAAUGGGUGAUAAAGAAAAAAAUCAGUAUAGCCUAUGGAAUUCAGAGGAAACCAAGGUUUUGAUAGAAUUACUUGUGGAGGGGAUUCAACGUGGAUGGCGGGACAGUAACGGUAUAAUGAACAAAGCAACGGUGGAACAUAAAAUACUACCAGUCUUGAAUGAAAGACUUGGAUGCCAAAAAACCCACAAGCAUUACCAAAGCAGAAUCAAGUUCUUGAAGGGUCAAUAUCAAUGUUAUGUUGAUCUUUUAAACAACAGUUCAGGCUUUGGAUGGGAUCCUAUCAUGAAAAGAUUUGUGGCUUCUAACGAAGUAUGGAAUGACUAUUUAAAGGGUCAUCCUAAUCACAAGUUCUUACGCUAUGACUCUAGUGAACAGUUUGAUGAUUUGAAAAUCAUAUUUGAUUGUGCAACUGCUAAUGGUAGUUCUUCAAUUGGCUUGGGUGAUACCACGGAUGCUCGCGUCUUCACGGUUGGUGACAGUCAAGCACAAGAAAACUUGAAUUUUGAGGACAUCAGUGAUGAUGUUUAUGUUCAGCAACCAUCCCCAGAAAAUGUUGUUAAAAGGCGUGUGGAAAAACUUGUCUCGAGAAAACGAUCUCGAACCGACGCAUCUAGCAGUUCAGUUGAGAUAAACACUGAUCAAAGUGAUGCUAUGGUAAUGAUGACCAGUAAGAUCCUCACUUUCAUACAGCAGAGAGAAGAAAGACAACAAAAAGAAGUUGAGAAAAGAGAAGCUGAAAAGAAGAAAAAUAGUGUUUGGGAUGCUAUGAAAGAGGUUCCUAAUUUGGAUGAUCGUAUCAAAUUUAAAGCGGUGACCCUUAUCUACUCCUUAGGAAUGAAAGAUGUCUUCACUGAUAUGUCCAUAGAAGAACGCUAUGGUUGGAUCCAAAGCAAUGUCAACUACGAUUGAUCUCUGUUUUAUUAUCUCUGUUUUAGACUGUUUUGUUAUUUCUUUACAAUCAUUCUAGACUGCUUUUUUAUUAUUUAUAGAUACUAAACUGGUUUUCGUUUAAUAUAUAUGAUGGGUUUUUAAAUAUUUUUUGUUGCUUUUAGCAAUACAAAAUGUCAUGCUGUUGUUAUAGCACGUAGCUUAUUUUAUUGUUGUGUCGGUAACCCACAUCCCCCUAAGUAACUUUAUUGUUAGUGUCUUGCUUAUUUUAUUAGUAGUUUUGUAAAUAUAAAAUUUAACUAAGUUACGCUCAGUUUUUUUGUUCAAUUAUUUCUUUGAAAAUCACUAUUUUCAUCUUUAUAGGACUGUAUUGGAGCUAUUGAUGGUACACAUAUUUUUGCAAUGAUACCAACUUCUGAUGUUCCAAGCUAUCGUAAUCGCAAAGGAUUUAUAUCACAAAAUGUCCUUGCUGCUUGCAACUUUGAUUUGGAGUUCAUGUAUGUUCUUAGUGGAUGGGAAGGAUCAGCUCAUGAUUCAAAAAUUUUAAGUAAUGCUUUGACAAGACAUGGUAGCAGAUUAAUCGUUCCAGAAGGUAUGUACUUAAGUUGUAGUACACAAUUUAUAUAUGUACAGAAUUUUAAUUUAUUUACAAAUUGAAUAUCAGGAAAAUUUUAUCUGGUAGACUGUGGAUUUGCAAAUCGUCAAAAGUUUUUAGCUCCAUUCAGACGUACUCGCUAUCAUUUACAAGAAUUUAAAGGUGAAGGCCGUGAUCCUAAAAACCAAAACGAGUUGUUCAAUUUGCGGCAUGCAUCUUUGAGAAACGUGAUUGAGCGAAUCUUCGGUAUUUUCAAAUCUCGUUUUUUGAUUUUUAAGUCGGCGCCUCCUUUUCCUUUUACAACACAAGCAGAAUUGGUUUUAGCUUGUGCUGGAUUACAUAACUUUCUACGGAAGCAUUGUCGGUCUGAUGCUUUUCCAGAGGAAGUGAUCACUCCAAACAAUGACCAAGCAAACUUUGAAGAAGUUAUACAUGUGGGUGCUCUCGAAUCUCAACAAAGAGAAUAUGCUAACAACUGGAGAGACUCAAUAGCUUUAAGUAUGUGGAAUGACGCUGUAGAAGCUGGAAGUCAGCGUUAAUGGUUACUUCUACGUUUCUCAAUGAUUUAUAACUUAUUUUUUCAUUUGUGAUGGUGUUAUUUUCUGGAUUUAUCAUUUUAGAGAAACAAGUCACAUUAAAAUGAUAUGAUUGAGUUAUAAAUAAAACGUGGUUGAGGUUUGUUGGUA